CAGAGCGUGUUGAGUGUUGACAGGAAGACCUCAGAUUCAGGCAAAACUCGUCAUGGCUGGCAGAAAAGCAGUAGAAGUAUAUCUUGAUUUAUUGUCGCAGCCAUGUAGAGCCGUGCAAAUAUUUCUUAGGAACACAAAAAUACCUCACACGGUGAAAUUAGUUGCAAUCCGAAAAGGAGAAAACAGGACCCCCGAGUUUACCGGACUAAAUCCAAUGCAGAAGGUGCCAGUCAUGGUUGAUAAUGGAUUUGUUCUGACAGAGAGUGAUGCCAUUCUGAAGUAUCUUGCUACCAAAUACGAUGUCCCUGACCACUGGUACCCACGUCACGCAGAGAGGAGGGCGAAGGUCAAUGAGUACACAGCUUGGCAUCAUACCAACACCCGUCCACAUGCGGCUAAAGUUUUCAUUCUUGAGGUGCUGAUGCCUCGUAUGAUGGGACAACCCGUUGAGACUGAGAGGGUGCAGAAGGCUUUGGUUGAGCUCAGCGGCACUCUAGACAAGCUGGAAGGCAUGUUCCUGAAAAGGCAGCCCUUUCUGUGUGGAGAUGACAUUAGCCUGGCUGACCUGCUGGCAGUCUGUGAAAUCAUGCAGCCCCUGGGGGGUGGCAGAGACAUCCUGCAGGAUCGACCCAAACUGUUGAGCUGGAGGAGCAGAGUCCAGUCAGCCCUGAAAGACUCUUUCGACGAGGCACACACGGUCCUGUACCGCUUGCGGGACAAGUCCAAAGCGAAAUUAUGAGCUUGAGCAGCGAUGCAUUGACAAGUCUGGAGUCAAUUUAAGCUCUGAUGAAGCAGGCAUGCCUUGUGAGAUGAAACAACAUGAUUUAUGCUUGAACUCGGUGGGUGAGUUCUGAAACACUAGGCUUUUGAAUUGUGUCUCUGGGAAUUCGAUAGUAGAGAAUUUAGACAUACAGCGCCACCUACAGCUAAUGUAACAAAUAUCAGCAAAUCAUAAAGUUCUUUGUUAUUGGAGCAAGGCAUAUAUCUCUUGCCUUUGAUUUAAGUCAUUGCUUUCCAAUCUUCAAUUUCAAAUUUUCUUUGCUCUGCGCAGUCUUUGGAUGCAGACAUUUCCCUGAUUUGAGACAAUAUAUAAAACGAUUAACAGAUCAUAAAUAUGUUCAUAUAUUGAGAUGUGCCUUUGAUUCUUAGUGCAUUAAGACCAUUCUGUACCAUUUGGCAGUAUUGAUUGACUACGGUCAUACAUACUGUACUACGUAUUGUAGUGGGCCUGGCUUAAAUUAAACACGCUUUAAAUCACAAGUGAAAGUUUAUUAUAAAACCUGAUCUAAGGAGAAGGAAAGGGAAAAGGCACCAAACAAGGGCUACAGUAAUUUCAGAAACAGAAAAUAUAUACAAAUAUCAACAUAAUUGGAAUGAUGAGACAAAAACACACAAUCCAGUAUCUAGCAUUAGCUUGUUUCAGGUAUCCUUCCUUUGCCGCUUGGCUGGUUGUUGCUGCACCUCCUCGUCUGUAUCUGCCUGUCUGCGCCUCCUGCUUGCGGAGGGUUGCGAGGGAGGUGGUGGUGGUGAGGGAGGUGGUGGUGAGGGCGGAGGAGAUGGUGCCUGGGGCUUUAGGGAGAGCACUCAAUCAGGUCACUUUACAAUAAUACAGUAAAUGAAUGUAUACAUGCUAAUAAGAAACUACCAAUACUUGGAUGCAAAAAAACAAACAAACAAACAAACAUGCAUUUGGAUGUAAUCUGUGGUUUUUAAAUGUUGUUUUGAUGAACACAUUGGAAUGGAAUAAAUAAUUUAUUUUCUCAA